CAGCAAGGAGAUGCACAUAUGGGGAUCCCCACGCAGUGAAUAAUUUCAUGCUGAGCACUCUGAAGUAUGCUAGGAGCUCUACGAGGUUCCCGGCGGCUCAAGCCAUUUUGGCUCAAGGAAACCUCGGCUCAAGGCGCGUGACAUUUGAUCCCCUCUGCCUGGGUAACCUCCAGUGGGAUCGAGUGCGCGUCAGGGAGUCACACGUUUGUCGCCUAGAGUGAUAUUGCACUGCCAUUCUUUUGACACGUUUGAUCGCCUUGAGUGGUCUGCAAUUGAUUUGUUUCACACGUUUGUCGCCUAGAGUGAUAUUGCACUGCCAUUCAUUUGACACGUUUGAUCGCCUUGAGUGGUCUUCAUUUGAUCUGUUUUGCUGGGGCUUCCGAGGCAGUCUCUGCAAUCUUUCGCUAUGCCGCACGUACGGAGUGCAAGUGCUCGCAUCAUGCGUCGGGCGCUGGCUGUUCAAAACGGAUACUGUGUGCAUUUACCUAUUCGUUUGCCUCUGGGUGGUUUGGUGCCACCUACGUAUCUCCCACCACCAGGGCUGGAACGGGCGACUGCCGAUUUGGUUCUAGAUUAUCUCUUGUUGCGCGAUCCACCUGUUGUUAAACCCAGUUUGGAGGAGGAGGAGGCUGACAUUGCGACUGUUUCGGAGAAUCUUUCUUGCCGUAUGCAGGCUUCUGAAUCGCUGGUUGAUGUAGGUAUUGGAGUGCAGGCUUCUGAAUCGCUGGUUGAUGUUGGAGUGCAGACGGUUGAUACACGCUUGGCGGAGGAGGAGGUGGAGGCUACCGUUGCGACUAUCUCGGAGACUCUUUCUUGUCGUUCUCUUGUUGACUCAGGAGUGCAGACGGAUGAUGCUUGCCUGACCGUGCUACCCAAGGAGGAGGCGGCCGUUGCGACACAUUCGGAGAUGUCUUGUGCGGAUGUUGUGGACUUUCAUUGUGAAGUCGGCUGUCAGACAGAGAUUGUCGUUGGGAUGGAGGGAGGAGCUUCAGGAGUUCUUCUUGGGAAAGUGACUGUGGCGGCGGAGGGGGAGCUGGAGGCGCCCUCGAGUGCGGAGUCUUCUCCGAACGUGCGGUCUGAUUCUGAUAGCCGCGCCUUGUCAGGAGCGUCCCAGGGGUGUCUGAAUCGUCCCGUCACGCUCAAUGAGGUAUCGAAGGAGUCGCGCCAGAGGACUCGAGGGAGAGAUCGUGACAAGGUCAAGGGGACAUCGACGUGCUCUCAGGCCACCAUUGCCGAUGUCAAAGCGUGGAUUGACGCUGUUGCCAGCAUCAACGAGUUGAAUGCGAUCCAGUAUUUAAAGAACGGAAUGGAUUUGUUUGAUAAGCUGGUGACAGAACGUGGGUUCCCUACAAAGAAGGCCCAAAAAGAUUAUGCUCGGAAGCUGUAUGAGAUGCUCCAGAAUGUGCAAGCGACGCUGGAGGAUCUUCUAGGAUUCUUCGAGGUGCACAGGUUCUUGACAGGACAAAUGAACCGCGCCGAGAUGGCCAUGUUUCUUGAGGUUUCCAAGUGCAGCGAUUACCGAAUAAUAUUCUUCGGACGCCCGAGGAGUUUCGACAAGUUGGGAUGAAGCUAUUCGUGCGCACUUGUAUGCAACUUUCGGUUUAGAACAGCGAAGGCUGUAAUGCUUGUAUCUCACCUGUUCUUGUUUUCCUCACUUUAUCUCUCUGUUUGACCUCUCGCUGGAGCCAUGAUGACUCUACGGCCCGCUGUGGGCCCCACUGAGCGCUUCAUGUGUGUAAAGGGCAGGAGCCCCUCAUAUUCUUCAGGUGACGUUCUUCCACGGGUUGUUUCCCUGUCUAAUUCGUUGUUUACUUCACAUGUGACGUUGAGCAUACGCCUCUUGUCAUGCGGCGGGUUGAACAUGCGUAUUUCGGACUGGUUUGAUGUGAAUAAGAGUUUGUGCUCACUCACGCCUUGCCUGUUUGGAUACGUCCGCUCCUUGCUCCGACUAGGCUGGAAAGCCUGCACAGUCGACCGCAAAGUCCGCAAAAACGAAGGUUGACGGUUUACCGCCGGCGCCAGUAAUACCUCGUAGAGCUCUUCGACAUCGAUGAGCUAGAGGAAUUCCGGCGCGGGGUGGAGCUAGUUGAUCGACCCGACCAGAAAGGACAAAGUGUCAACUUUUGCGUGGUUUUGCGAAUAACACGUAGAGCUUCCCUUUGCAAGUUGUUGCUG